AUGGUCCAUGUUGAGAAUAAAGAGGUGAUAAAGAGGAGGUUCUACAGGUAUGAACAUGGUGAUUAUGAUGCUCCCUCUGAAUCUUCUUCAUCUGACUCUGAAGUGGAGGUAGAGGCCACUGAUGAAACAGAAUAUGAAGAAGAAGAGGAGGAGGAGGAGGAGGGAGAUGAGGAGAAUGAAAAUGCUGUUGUAAGGCGAAAGGGAGAAACUUCUUCUUCUGGUUACGAGAGCGAGGAUAGUUCAGCAAAUGAAGUCAAUCUUGAUUCAUCAGGUAUGGCCUCAAGUGAUGAUGAUGUUGGAGCUCAAAAUGGUGCUGGAGCUUUUGCUACUGAUGAAGUCGACAAUGUGUUUGGCAAAGCACCACAUGGUCCCGAAAAAGAUGAGAGCCCCUUCGAUGUGAAAGAUUGUGUCGUAAAAUGCAAAUCAGUUUUCAAGUGCAGGCUCUGCCCUAGGAUUGUCUGCUUGUCCGAGGAGACACUAAAGGCUCAUCUAAGCUCCAAGCGACAUGCCCAGUCUGAGAAAUUGUAUAAAGAAGGGAGGCUUAAGGUUAUGCUCAACAGUGAGGGACGGAUCGAGGUUGAGAUUCAUCAUGAUAAUGAUGAUACAAAUACAGUUUCUAUGAAGAGUCCAACUAAAUCGAAGAAAAAGGGCAAAGGGCAAUGGAAACAGAGGAAGAGAUCAAAAUAG